GGCCCCAUGGAAGCUUGUGGUUCACUCCCUGUAUGGAAUUUUCAAAGAGUGAAAACUGAACAAAAUAAGGUCAAAAUUCAGCCGCUAGAACGCCGAUUCGGUAGACGGCCUUAUAUGUAGACCAGAAGCGCGUUGCUUCGAGUCUGGUCUCUCUCUCUCUCUCUCUGGGAAGGCUUGAAGACUGAGAAAAGAUGACGGACAUGUCAAUUCCACUGCUGCUGCUGCUCUUUGUUCUACCGGGCGCCGUCUCCGGCCAAAAUUCUAAUGCGCCGUGGUGGUUUUCUUCCCCUCCGCCCGACGACCCCUUGAGCUCAACCCAGUCAUUUCACCCGAAGAUGGUCGUGGUCAUUAUGGUGCUGAUAUGCGCGUUCUUCUUUCUCGGGUUCAUCGUCAUCUACAUGCGCCAGUGCCAGAACGAGUCUCGGAGCGACCUGCCCUUCCACGCCCGCCUCAUGCUCUCCCGCAGCGUCCACCGUGGCCUCGACUCCAACGUGAUCGAAUCGUUUCCCACUUUCACCUACUCAGCCGUUAAGGGCCUCAAGAUCGGAAAGAGCUCGCUCGAGUGCGCGGUCUGCCUCUCCGAGUUCCAAGACGACGACAAGCUCCGCCUUUUGCCACAGUGCAGCCACGCCUUUCACCCGGAGUGCAUAGAUGAAUGGCUUUCCUCACACGUCACCUGCCCAGUCUGCCGCGCCAACCUCAGGGAAGAUUCUGGCACCGCUGUCGCGGAAUCCGUGCUGGUUGACAUUCCAGGCGAGGCCAAUGACCCCGAAGGCGAUCGACAAGAAGACGCCGGCCGGUCUGGGAUGCUUAACCAUGUAGCUGCUGGGGCGUUGGACGUGGAACCCAAUUCCAAUGUGGUGCCCAGCGCGGGUGUGGCCCUUCCGAAGGCGAAAAGCUUGCGGUUCCUGCCGGAGAACGCUUCGACAAAGAACGGAACCAAACCGUCGAUGCUGUUCCCGCGGUCGCAUUCCACCGGGCACUCUCUCCACCCGCCUGAAUCAUACGAGAGAUUCACCCUCAGGCUGCCGGAGAACGUCCGGAGGGAGAUAAUCUCCGGGCAGCUGAACCGGGCGGCGAGCUGCACGGUCUUCGGAGGGAGAAGCCGCAGCGGGCGGCGAGUAGGGGACGCGAGCAGCCGGAGUGGCCGGGGGAUCCGCCGAGGAUGGGACGAGUCGACGAGGUCAGAGAGGUGGACUUUCUCAAUCACCCCGCCGUUCAUCCACAGAUCGUCCUCCAGCCGCUCUCAUCGAGGAGCCGCCGUUGCAGACUCCUCAUCGACGUCGAAGCCGACAUCAUUGCCGCCAUUCGAUCGUACAGGUUCCAGGGCUGAUGCUGCCGGCCGGUCCUCGGGGUCGGCCACCACAUCGGUGCAAUUUCAGGCGUGAGAUGCCCGUCUUUUUUUGUUUUUUUUUUUCCUCCGGCCGGCCAAUUCUUUUGUUUCUUCAGGAAAAAAAGGAAGAUGUUACGAUUAUUAUUUUUCAAAAAUUCUGCUUUCUCGAUCGGAGUUGUAAAUCUACACACUUGGGUAUUUGGGGAGUGGUGGAGAUUUUGUACAGAACUAGACCUCGACCAUUGAGGGUCAAAUAUAGCGUCUGCUUUUUGUUCUUUUA